CAAUUAACAAUAUUACAAAAAAAAAGAAGAAGUUAUACCGUCGCCUUCAAACUUGAAGUUAUUGAAUAUACCAAAAGAGUCAACAAUAUUAAAGCAGUAUAUAAAUAUGGUUUAGAUCAUAAACCAUUAUAUCCCCUUGCAGAAGAGGCUUUAAAAUAUUGGAUUGAUAAAUUAUGUAAUGAAGGAAUUGCUGUGUUACCCUCUACU